UUAUUAAUAACUGAAAGAAAAAAUAAAUCUGUUUUACGUAUUUUCGUAAUUGAUAAUUGUACAAUCUCACCAUGUCGGUUUGUACUCGCCGGAUAAUUACCGGCGAAUUGUCGUCGCCGAUAGCAAGGUAUCAUAUUCCGGUAACAAAACUUCCAGCUAUCCGGUCACCGGAUUAUCUCUCUUCCACAUAUGUUCGUCAUUUCAUAAGCAAUACUCGCCAGCCGACCUCAAUCGUUAGCAGAUCAACGAGAACGAAACUUUACGUAAUUGCGGCAGCGGAAUCGACCGGUGUAUUCCGCCGCGGCGGACGCGAUGGCGGAGAGAAUGGGAAAUGGAGGACAAGGAGGAGGUGUGCGGUGGGAGAUCAGGUUGUGGAGAUUAAUGAGAACCGGAAAAGUAGUAAUCGACGGGCGGAGGUGGCGGUUGCAGCGACGGCUACGGUGGUGCUAGGGGUAGGGAAUCGCGUGCUUUACAAGUUGGCGUUAGUGCCUUUGAAGAACUAUCCUUUCUUCUUGGCACAACUCGCCACUUUCGGAUAUGUACUCGUAUACUUCUCUAUCUUAUACGUACGGUAUCAUACUGGCAAGGUUACUGAUGAAAUGCUUUCCCUUCCAAAAAUUCCAUAUGUUGCUGUUGGUCUAUUAGAGGCUCUUGCUGCUGCGUCUGGCAUGGCAGCUGGAGCUAUUCUUUCCGGGGCCACAAUUCCAAUACUCUCACAGAGCUUUCUUGUGUGGCAACUUCUCCUGUCUUUUAUUUUCCUUGGAAGAAGAUAUAGCCUCAACCAGUUGUUUGGGUGCUUUCUCGUGUCUGUUGGUGUUAUAGUAACUGUAGCAAGUGGAUCUAGUGCUGGAUCUUUGAUGGACGGUGGUGUAUUUUGGAGUCUUUUGAUGAUAGUUUCUUUUUUGUUACAAGCUGCGGAUACUGUCUUGAAGGAAGUAAUAUUCCUGGAUGCUGCUAAAAGGCUGAAGGGAGGUACUGUUGAUCUGUUUGUUGUGAACUCGUUUGGAUCGGCUUACCAGGCAGUUUUUAUAUGCCUUCUCCUCCCAUUUUUGUCGAAGUUAUGGGGUGUUCCAUUUACUCAACUGCCAAACUAUCUUAGAGAUGGUGCUGCAUGCUUUUUGAACAUCGGCACAUUAUCCAGUGGGUGUGCUGGUGCACCUCUUCUACCGCUGCUGUUUAUCAUUGUCAACAUGGGUUACAAUAUAUCAUUGUUACAUCUGCUUAAGAUUUCCUCUGCUGUGCUAUCUUGUCUCGCGUCUACAGUUUCAGUACCAAUCUCAGUCUUUUUAUUCACAUUACCAUUACCAUAUCUUGGCGUUGCAUCCUCCCUCCCACCCGGUUUCAUUUCAGGAGCCAUCAUCCUCGUCAUAGGAAUGCUUGUCUAUACUUGGAGGCCAUCAAGUCGCCUAAAAAAUCAGGAAGUUGAUUGCCACUGUUAACU